CGCGCCUGUAGAACAGUGCUGACGUCCGCCCUCACGCCUCCGGACACCGUAUUCCUUGGAAAAUAACAAGCCAAUGGUGUAUUAAGGAUUCUGCUUCUGAUUGUGGAAAACGGACAAAUAAAGAUGGAUUUACGUGAAUUGAAUUUCUCUAAUCCUUAUAUGAGACAUAAGCGUCAGAGGUGCUACAAAUAAUUUUUGGAAACGUGAUCUGCAUUUACAUACAAAGAGGUGCUCUGCGUUAUGAAAACCCAAUUGAAGAAGACAAUGAGUCUCUACUGACUACUUAUGAACAAAACAAUCAAAUACAUAUCAAUAGUCGUUUGUGGCAGAUAAAAUAUAGUUGGACUUUGGUGUAGAAUAUACCUUUAGAAUACGCUUAUCUAAUAUUGCCAAGUAUUUGUUAAUACAGGCAAAUUGUAAUUUUAGAAAUAUAAAUAUUGAGAAAGAUGUUGAGGAAUAAAUAUAGUAUAGUUAAUAUUAGGAAAUUAUGUUCUUUAAAAACGGUCUGAGUAUAAGGUUUUUGCAAUUGAGAGCUUAAAUGAUACCUUAGGACCCAAGAUUGUAGGAUAACAUGGCGAAGGACUUCACAACUCCCGUCUGGUUAGCGGAAGAUUUGGGAGAUGUAGUGAAUAACUCCCUGUACGGCAACAACUCCCUUAACGAGACUAUGUUCAACUGCAACACAGACCAGCCGACGCUCUACUUCAUCACUCAAGUGCUGUACGCGCUUGUCUGCAUCGUCGGCCUCUUCGGCAACUCCCUUGUGAUCUACGUAGUUCUACGGUUCAGCAAGAUGCAGACGGUCACCAAUAUGUACAUCGUUAAUCUAGCUAUCGCCGACGAGUGCUUCCUCAUCGGCAUACCCUUCCUGAUCGCCACCAUGAGCCUUCAACUCUGGCCCUUCGGUAACAUAAUGUGCAAAAUCUACAUGACCACGACUAGCAUAAACCAGUUUACAAGCAGCAUUUUCCUGACCAUCAUGUCUGCUGACCGUUAUGUCGCCGUGUGCCACCCCAUCUCAGCGCCAAAGAUCAGGACCCCUUUGAUUUCUAAAGUCGUCUCAUUCACCGCAUGGACUGCCAGUGGCUUCCUCAUGAUACCCGUCUUCAUGUACUCCAACAUCGAGAACAACAGCUGCAACAUCAUCUGGCCAGAGACGGAACAAUUGAGUGGUAACACUGCAUUCACUCUGUACUCCUUCGUCUUGGGGUUCGCCAUCCCGCUGAUGCUGAUAUUAUGCUUUUACGUUCUGGUGAUAAGAAAACUCAGAACUGUUGGACCAAAAAAUAAAUCUAAAGAGAAGAAAAAGUCCCACAGGAAAGUGACAAAACUGGUUCUAACAGUGAUUACAGUGUACGUGGUUUGUUGGCUGCCCUACUGGAUAACUCAGGUCGCCCUCAUCUACACGCCUCCCAAGGCGUGUCAGUCGCACUUCGCCAUCACCAUUUUCCUCCUGGUCGGCAUCCUCAGCUACUCCAACUCUGCUAUGAAUCCCAUCCUGUACGCCUUCCUCAGCGACAACUUCAAAAAGAGUUUCCUUAAGGCUUGUACGUGUGCGGCCGGGAAGGACGUGAACGCCGCACUCCAUAUGGAGAACAGCGUGUUCCCUAGAAAACACAACCGAGGGGGCUCCGAGAGGCUGAGGACAACGAAGGGGACGACAGCCAUCAUCUGCCAAGGAGGCGCAGAGGACGACCACGGAGAGACGGGACCACUGGUGAGCAAGACUGACCACUCCACCGCUGUGACCUCCAGGUCGACCGUGACAGUGACCAGUGACGCCAAGGACAGCGCGGUCACCACUCCGGUCAAGAACGGUGUCAAGAUCGUGGUUCCUCCUGCAGAACUCUAGGACACAUUUUCGUCCAGAGAUACGGUGGUCAGUGGCAUGCUUGAGAGUGCCAUCUAACCCCCCUCUGGGCGAAUCCACUUCACAUAUCCUCAUUGUAAAUGCUUACGAAUAGAUUAAAUACGAUCAACUACUGUGAUAUCACUACCGAAUAAGCGAAGGCCGUCAACCGUAAUGUGGACUCAGACUAGAUCAGACUUCUACAGUACCAGAUUACUAAACCAAAGAACUGAAAUAAUGAUAUCGUAACUUUUAUGUGUUCAAACAAAUUUAUGUCUACUAUUCAUUUUUUACUAUUUUCGUUUUAUUAGCUCUCUCACUCAAAUUGUAUAGUAAGAGAUAAUAUGUUUCACUUUUCUGCAAUAUAAUUUGAAUAUGCAUUGUCAGAUUUAUACAAAAGUCCUAAUACAUUUAAGCAUUUAUUAUAGAAUUUCUUUCAAAGUUGGCCUUCUUCAUUGUUACUUAACCAUAAGUUUUCUAUUUUUGUACAUAACCAUUGUGUUAUCAUCGAUAUAUAAUCUAUGAUAUAAUUUAUUCUCUUUGCUACAAGUGAUGUACAGUGAUUGUAACUGAUUAUAUGUAAAUGUAGUUUAAGUUGUAUAUAUGAUUACGUGAUACAUGUUAAAAUACGAUUUGUAAAAAUGCAACAUCCUCCUCAACAUGCAGUACUGAGCCCCGUACGCCAUUUUGUUGAAGAGAUGAUGCAGUUGUAAGUGAAAUGCAACAUUUUCUUUGCAGUGUAUAAAUAAUUUUGUAUUAAAUUCUUGUUAAUAGUA